AGGAUUUUGACACUCUCCUUUGACUCGCCUCCUCCGCUGUGUGUGGCAGACCAGUGCUCUCUGUAUCAUAUUUCCCAGUAAUUCACAAGAAUCCCUUUCGUCGGAGGCACCCAGGACCACGCACGCAGGUCAUACUCCAGCGCACGAUCUGUUCAGCCCUAGGCCAGUGGUACUUCUAACCGAGAGAGUACGAGUCACACAGCCCGCGGUUUGACCCUCUGCCAUGUCCGCAACCCUCAUGAGCACCAACGACCAACGCGCAACAUUGGGGAAACCCGUCCCGCCAUUCACCGCGCAUGCAAUCUCCGUGUCACUCCCUACUUGGGAUGACAAUGUGGGCUACGAGGAGGGAGACAAGCGGGUGGCCGAUGUCAUGGUCAUUGGCUAUCCAAGAUUCUUCAUCCAUCUGAGCAUUCAGAAACUAGCCGCGAUCUGCGAACAAAAGUUCGGCACGCAUGGGGAGCGGUGUUUGCUCUGCCCCACCCGCAAGGUUGCAGAGGCCUGCCGAGCCUUCAUGAUCGACCGCUCCUCCAAAACCGGACCCGCCGUCCCAGUGCGCCUCGUCCAGUUCCUCAUCUGCCCCGAAGACGACGUAGAAACCCUCAACCAAUGCAUCGAGCUCCACAUCGUUCUCUUCCCGGGCGACUCUUUCCCGCUCGCCAAGCAGUUUUUCCAGCACGCAGGUAACUGUAUAUCGAGCAGACGGGCGGAGCGCUGUCUUGCCAUGCUCGGAGAACUCCCCGGGGUCACCGGAGCAGGAAUCCCUAUGCCCGCCGUCUCCCGCCCGCCCACUCGCGUGCCGAACAGACACUACUCAAAGAAGAGCUUCGGCAGGUCCCCACCUCACUCGCCAGCGUCGUCUCACUUCCGCAAUGGCCCAUUCCGGUCGCCGGAAGAGGCACUGAAAGCGGAUGAGGUGCUCAGUGCGGACCAGAGCGUGUACUUGGAGGAGCGGUACGGGCGCAACCUACCUCUUGAGUCUGCGGUUGCUUGCAAGCGUGCGCUGCGUCGGAGAAUAGCAGGUGUGCUAUUGAGGGACACCCCGAACGAUUGGUCGAAUGCUGGUGGCAACGAGGCAGAGAUCGGUCCUAGUACUCGAGGAGUCGACAAUGUCGCGGAGGACGACGUCUUCUUGUUCCCAACAGGCAUGUCGGCCAUCUGGCACGCGCACCAGGUCGCGCUGGCAGCUCGGCCUGCUGCUAAGAGCAUAUGUUUCGGGUUCCCAUAUACGGACACAUUGAAGAUCCUGGAGAAGUGGGGCCCGGGCUGCUGGUUCCUGGGUAACGGCCUCGACAAGGACAUCGACGAACUCGAAGCUAUCCUCGAAAAGGAGGCUGCGGCUAACCCGUCGAAGCCACCAGCGCUUGCUCUCUUCACUGAGUUCCCGUCGAACCCUCUUCUCCGCUGCGCCGAUCUCUCUCGCCUGCGCGCCCUCGCAGACAAGUAUGACUUCCUCAUCGUCAUCGACGAGACGAUCGGGAACUUCGUCAACGUCGAGGUGCUCCCCUACGCGGAUAUUGUCGUGAGCAGCCUGAGCAAGAUUUUCAGCGGCGACGCCAACGUCAUGGGUGGCAGCAUGGUCCUCAACCCUCGAGGUAAACGAUAUGUCGAGCUGAAAGCCAUGGUCUCCGACCUUUACGAGGACCUCUACUUCGACGAAGAUGCUGUCUUCAUGGAGCGCAACUCGCGCGACUUCCGGCGGCGCAUCCAGAUCAUCGACGCCAACGCGCUCGCCGUCUGCUCCUUCCUCUACUCCCGCUCCCUCGCCGCCUCGCCGCCGCCCCCGCGCACGGUCGUCAAACGCGUGUACUACCCCAAAUGGGAGACGCCGCAGCACUACGAGCGCUGCCGCGUACGCGAGGGCAACGGACUCGGCGGACUGUUCAGCGUGACAUUCACGUCUGCGGCGGCGAGCCGCGCGUUCUACGACACCCUCAGCUGCCAGAAGGGCCCGAGCCUCGGCACGAACUUCACGCUCGCGAGCCCGUACGUCAUCCUUGCGCACUACGCGGAGCUCGAGUGGGCAGCGCAGUAUGGUGUCGAGCAGAGCCUCGUGCGUGUGAGUGUCGGUAUGGAGGACAGGGAGGAGCUGUUGAAGGACUUUGAGAAGGCGCUGCAGGCGGCGGAGGCGACGCUGGACGGUGCUGACGCAUAAGCAGCUGGACUCAAACACCAGAGACUAUCCACCAGAGCUAAGUAGACGGUGAAGGAAAGGCGCACUGAGCGGAUCCAACUCCCUCAGAUAUC